AUGGCUGACUACUCUUUUGAAUAUUUUACCGUGCAAUUUCCCACCGAGCAUCAAUAUGUGGCCCAUGUGGAAAUCAAUCGUCCGGAAAGGCUAAACGCCUUCAUCGAAGUUAUGUGGGAAAAUAUGGCCCAGAUCUUCAAUAGACUAUCCACAGAUCCUCGCGUUCGCGCAAUCGUUCUCAGUGGUGCUGGAGCAAAGGCAUUCACUACCGGGCUAGAUGUCAAAGCGGCCUCGGAAGGACUUCUCUCGUCAGACACCAAGACUGAUCCAGCACGAAAGGCGGUCGUUUUUCGUCGCCAUAUCACCACUUUCCAGGACUGUAUCACCGCAGUAGAGCGCUGUGAAAAACCCGUCGUUGUUGCUCUUCACGGGUUCUCAUUGGGACUCGGCGUUGACCUGUCAACGGCAACGGAUGUGCGUCUCUGUGCCAAGGAUACACGAUUUGGAGUCAAGGAAGUCGAUAUCGGGCUCGCAGCAGACAUCGGCACCCUGAGCCGACUCCCUAAGGUGGUUGGAAAUUACGGAUGGGUAAAGGAGGUAGCUCUGACAGCGCGCGAGUUCGGUGCUGAGGAGGCGCUACGUGUGGGAUUCGUUAACGCGGUGUAUGAUAACCGUGAAGCAACUAUUGUGGCUGCAUUGAAGCUCGCCUCUGUGAUGGCCAGCAAGAGCCCCGUGGCCGUGCAAGGUACCAAGGAGAUCUUGAACUACUCGCGCGAUCACUCUGUGCAAGAUGGACUACGCUAUACGAGUGUAUGGAAUAGCGCUGCUUUGCAGACGCAGGAUGUCUCGGCAGCUCUACUGUCUGGGUUGCAAAAGCGCACUCCAACAUUCGAGAAGUUGUGA